CGUCCCCAGGCGGCACCAUUCACUCUGCCUGAAAGCUGCUGCUGUUGGUUCCUGAGAUGAUCUCAUCUGAACAUGGCUCCAGCAACCUUGGUGGCAGGAAUUGGAGGCAGCUUGCUGUGUGCCGUGGCAGUAUUUUGAAACAGGAAAAAUCAGAUUUUAUCAUGUGGGCAACCUGCUGCAACUGGUUCUGCCUGGAUGGACAGCCUGAGGAGGUCCCACCAGCCCCCGGAGCCAGGACACAAGCCUAUUCCAACCCUGGGUACAGCUCCUUCCCAUCCCCAACAGGCUUGGAACCAAGCUGCAAGGCCUGUGGGGCCCACUUUGCAAACACAGCCAGGAAGCAGACCUGUUUGGACUGUAAGAAAAAUUUCUGCAUGACCUGUUCAAGCCAAGAGGGGAAUGGGCCCCGCCUCUGCCUUCUCUGCCAACGGUUCCGAGCCACAGCCUUUCAGCGGGAGGAGCUCAUGAAGAUGAAGGUGAAGGACCUGAGGGACUACCUCAGCCUCCAUGACAUCUCUACUGAAAUGUGCCGGGAGAAAGAAGAGCUGGUAUUCUUGGUGCUUGGCCAGCAGCCUGUAAUCUCCGAGGAGGACAGGACUCAUGUCCCAACCUUGUCCCCGGACUUUCCUGAGCAGCAGGCCUUCCUGACCCAGCCUCAUGCCAGCACAGUACCUCCUACCUCACCUAGCCUCCCUUCUUCACCUGCACAAGCCACCUCUGUUCCUCCUGCUCAGGAAAGUCAGCAGGCCAAUGGCCAUGUGUCUCAGGACCAAGAGGAGCCUGUCUACCUGGAGAGCACAGCCAGAGCACCUACCGAGGAUGAGACCCAGUCCAUUGACUCUGAGGACAGCUUUGUCCCAGGCCGGCGGGCCUCUCUGUCUGACCUGACCCACCUGGAAGACAUUGAAGGCCUGACGGUGCGGCAGCUGAAAGAGAUCCUGGCUCGCAACUUUGUCAACUACAAGGGCUGCUGUGAGAAGUGGGAGCUGAUGGAGAGAGUGACACGGCUGUACAAGGAUCAGAAAGGACUCCAGCACUUGGUGUGUGGUGCUGAGGACCAAAACGGGGGAGCAAUGCCGUCUGGACUGGAGGAGAACCUGUGUAAGAUCUGCAUGGACUCACCCAUUGACUGUGUUCUGCUGGAGUGUGGCCACAUGGUAACCUGUACCAAAUGUGGCAAGCGCAUGAAUGAAUGUCCCAUCUGCCGGCAGUAUGUGAUCCGAGCUGUUCACGUCUUCCGGUCCUAAGGGCUGGCACCGGCUUCUUCAGUGCCUUACAGGGAUAUAGCCCAGGGUAUCUGGGCUCAGGGUUGGUCAGCUUGCAGAGGGGCAGGCUAACAGGAAAUUUUGUAGUGUUCCCAAGACCAGGGCAAGCAAAGAUGCCAUGUCAUACCUCGGCAUGCCUGUCUUGCCAUAGGGGUGCACCUCUUGGCUGGCAGAGCCCCCGAGGCCAGUGGGAACUGGUACAAAUCACAUGGGUGAGUGCCUGCAUUAGUGAUCUUGGGUGAUGGUAGUAACUGAUGAACAGAGGACUUUCCAGAACUUGGACCAUGUCUUCCUUCCUCUGAGAACCUAGACACAUUUUCACCCUUCCUCCUGUAUCCCACCAGUCAGAAGUCCUCCUAGACCCAGCACAUUUGGAUUUAAACUUCUGGUCUCUCUGGCUUUCUGUGCUUUAACAUACCUGUCUCUUGCUAUACUGCCUAAAAUCCGUUUGUUUCUUUGGACCAAAAAUGUGUUAGUUUAUGUGGUUAAGAUCAACAGUGGUACUUAGGGCAGAAUUUGGAUCAGUAAACUUACCUCUGGUGAGAAAAUUCUAUAGGAAAAUAUUAUAGAAAAUUUUCGAUUUGUGAAGUCACUUCCUUAAGGGUUGGGAUUGGGAGCUAUCAAUCUCCUAACCUGAUCUAGGGAGCCAACAAAACAUCUGACUCCCAAACAGCUGGGAAAUCUAGUCUAGUCUGUGUGUGCAAGGGAUGGUGCAUGGAUACUCUACUGCUUCCUCUUUUGGGGCUUGACCUUGCAACAUCCUGAACUUCAGAUUAUGAGGAAGGGGACGCAUUUGGUGGAGGCAGUGGCUUUCUUCUUAACUUUGGCUUCUGAUCCUCUUCCUACAGACAGGACUGUUAACCAUUUCAAUGAAAUCUCUCCCUUUCCCACUGAGGUUUUAAACUUGGUCUCACCCAAGGCAUAGACAGGCUCAGGCAAAGAGCGUUGCUCUCCUCUAGACAGACUUCUCAUGAAGUUCCUGGAAAAAUACAUGUAAGAGCACCUAACUAAACAGCUGGAAGUCCCUACUUUAAUUUCCUUUCUCAUUCUGUAGAUUUGGGAACAGCAUUCUCUGGACCAUUUAUGAAGGGCCAUGUAAUGAGUAGGUAAUGUUUUUGAACCCUCCUACUGUUUUUUUAUACCCCUGAAUGAGCUGGAGAAGCACAAAAGAGCACAGAACACGCCUGCUGUCGGAACUGUGUGCGCCCAUUACCAACAGAUAAAACACACUCGAAAUACCCAAGGGCCUUGGCAGAAUCUCCCCUCUCCCAACAUGCUGCAGCUGAGGUCCAAGACUAGAACCAAUCAAUUGUGAUUCUAGAAGGCAGAGGAAAACUUCUAAGGGGACCUAUUAUCUUAGAAAGUUUUUUUAUCAUCAACCACUAAACACCUUAAGAGGUGUAGUUGGCAAUGUUAUUCUGGGACACUCGACUCAACCUUAUACCAAGUCAGAAUAAUCUGGGCCACAGUUGGGAUCAGAUUUUCCUGUCAAGACUCUGCCUUUCACCUUUCUGCUGAAUAGUUAGUACUGUAGUUUAUAAUGCCUACCAGUUUAUCAAAGGGAUUGAAUUCAGCUCCCUCAAUUCCACUGUGAAACAGGUCUGUGUAUGCAACUCAGUUAGAUCUAGCAAUAACUUCAAGGCUCUCCCUCCUUUCUCUGCUGAGGCCUCAUCUCCCCUACCUCCCAACUUUCCUCCUAGAUAGAUAGGAACUGAAAAUAACAUACUGGUGGCUGGUUGGUGACCUCAGUAAGAAUUGGAACUGGUGCCACUCAGUUUUAAAAAUAAGAACUUGCCUUUAAAUCUCAUCUUUUGGUGAAGGUUUCCAUUGGGGAAAAAAGAUGUCAAACAACCGAUUUGUUUUUGUAUUGUCUUUAUUAUUACACCAAAUAAAAGUUGGGAAUUCUAAGAUCCCAUUCCAGUUCAUAUUUAA